GGAAGUCACAAAAUGGCAGACUUUGACUCAAGCUACUUCCUAAGUUUCUGUUUCUAUUUUGCUUUCACUGGUUUCGAUUGAAGAAUCUGGCGGGGAACGUCACUAUUUACAAAUCAUAAGUUGAAGAUGAGAGUAUUCUCUGAUGGCUGCUGAUUGGAAAGAAAAUGGGGUCGGACGAAGCUAUGGAACGAGACGACAGACCAAAAGAAGGUCUUAUGGAGCUUGUUCUUCCUGGUUCCGCAGCAUUCGAUGAUGGAAUUUUACCGCCUUUGCACAACUCUUACUUGUAUGACGACUCUAGGAAGUCGUUUCUGUACAAUUCUGCGCAUCUCAUAAACAAUGUGGCACUUCAGACGCGAUAUGCUGCCUUUCGAGCAGAGAAGAAAGAAUGUGGUUACACAGACAAAGAACUGGAAGAGACCUUCGGCUUCCUGCUGUUUGAUGAUGAAAACAAGGCCACUGCACUUGGAGAUGGUGGACUUCUUACGGGACACAGCACAUGUUCAACGCUUGGGGAUCCCACAAAGGGUGUGUAUGUAUCUAAAUACUCCGACUGCUUGGACUUCAAACCAUGGUACAGUGGGAAGUCGGGCCACAUAGCCAUCAUCAAGCUCACCAAGGGCCGAGUAAAAGAGGUGACGGAGAACUACACCCUAAAGUUCACGCCUCCGACCCCGGGGUUCGACUGCCACGAGUCGGAGCAGAUCAGAACAGUCACGGCUGCCACCAGUUCAUUCUUGGCUUUGGAAAGAACACAGUAUUACGUGUACGAGAUUUCAAACAAAGGCGAGGACACAGAAAGGUGCCCGCGGCAUGUCUACCCAUUUGCAAUCGUGGAAUUCUCUUACGGCAAAGCAGAGACCGCCAACCCAGAGACAACGGAGGAAAGCGAUGAGAAAACUGUGUCGUUUGAUUACAAGCCUUGGACAGGCCAGCUGUCGAUUGAGUCCUUUGUGUUCGACAUUGGACUGAAGUCCCACAGUGGAGCUUUGAUACCUGCAAAACUCCCAGAGAUGCUGAGUGGGGAGCGUGUGAUCAGCAUUGCAGACCUGAAGGCGCUGUUACCAAAGGAAGUGUUUGAAACCUGUUUUUCUGGAGACCUUUUUGUGGGAGGAAAAUGCUGCAGUCUUUACGAGGUAAUCCCUUCGGAUGAGGAUGACUCCGGCCUCUCUAUCCUCAUCGACGAGCUGAAAGAGAAAGAAUUGGCCCUUGUUUUUCUGUUGAGUGAUUCUGGAGUCUUCGUUAUGUUACAUUCAACAUACUUCUUGUCUUAUGAAGAUGCAAAUUCUGAGGAAAUUGAUGCUUUGUAUGGCCUGUUCAUAUUCCCGGACUCACAUACAAUACAGAAAGAUACCAAGAGUAUGCAUAAAAGAUCAGCGCUGUCGUCGAGGGUCAGCCGGGUCCUGCCGGCUCUGAACUACGCCGAGACGGAGGUGGAAAAGUCGGCUCCGGAACAGCGCAGGGAGAUCCGAGCGCUGUUCGAGCAGCACCUGAAGAACUACGGCACUCUAAUCCAGCCAGGGAUGCAGAACAGCCCUCACAGAGAAGCCAGCAUGUUCCCCGACCAGUACGACGUCCCCUGCGUUUUCAAGCAGCUCUUCCCGCUGCCCAAGUGGACGGACGUCGCCAGGCUGAAGGUGACGAUGUACUUCGACGACCCCGACUCGUUUGAGAUCCCUGUGAAAAGGGCCGCAGAGUUGAUGCACCAGCAGCAGAACCGGGACGACCCGGACGACGAGGUGUACUACUACAUCUCAUCCCCGGAACCGGAAGAAGUGUCUGACGCACCGGUCAACACCAGCACGGAGACCCCUCUAGAACCCGAGGACGACGUACCCGCAGGCGUACCUUCUGAUGUUGCUGCAGAUGAAUCAACGGAAGAAAGCACCUCUCCGUCUGAUAAUGCGAGUUGUGCUGCUCUUUCGGAAGAUCUUUUGAAGGCAAACACACAAGAAUCUCCCCAAGAACAAGAGACAGUCAGUCCCCAGUCCCCGGUGCCUAACGGGGUUGGGUCCUCUGAUGAGCUGUCGCCAGAGAAUCACGAUGGCGACUAUCCAGAGGGCUCUCCUAUGUCUGAGCUUGCUCCUGGAGAGGACAAUAGUAUUUCUGACACAGAAGCUCCUGGUACUCCACUUAAGGGGGAUAAACCUCCCCAAGGUGAUGACAUAGAGAGUUGUGUAGGGGUUGAGUCUGCCACAGAGAAAUUACCAGAGAGUAAUGGUCAAUCGAGUUCAUUGCCAGCAUCUGGAUGUAUGCAGCCUGCUGACUUGGCCAAGGACUUGCUCAGUGCAAAGGAAGGUGCCAGCAGUUCACUCUGUAAGAAGUUAGAGAAACCUCUAGAAGAAGGGACUGAUGACACUGCAGCAGUGACCUGUCAGAAUGACACUGAAAAGCUUCACUCUGAUCAGAUGACAGUUGUCUGUGAACAAGGUCUAGCAGAAAGUAACAGCAAGUCACUCUUAGAAGUACAGAAAGUCCUAGAGGUAGUACUACACAGUGUCUGCGUUUCAUCCUUAUCUGGUAAGCCUCCCUCAACUCCAGAAGGGUUAAUAAAGGACAAUGAGUCUGGAACUCGCACAGAAAAAGCCCUCAGUGUUGUAAACAGUGUAGACACAGAACAACAGAAAAAAGGUAGAGGCAGGAAAAAAGUAGCGGCAAAAAUCACCAGCGAAACCGACACUGUCGGCAGCCUUGAUGCGUCAAAAGAUUGUGGCAAAGACAGCACACCGUCUGACCAGAAGCCCAGCGAUGACCUGUCUUUAUCCAAUUUUGCUAACCACGAUGUAUCUAAGACCCUGUGUCCAUCUAAAAUGGAAGACAGCCCUUCCACUUCACUCAUUGCAGAGUCCCAGAAACCUCUACGAAUUGAGGUCAAUGGACCCAUCGACAGCCAGGCUGGGGAUCAUCCCUCUGCAGAAAUAUCAACUGAUGCAAGUGAGAAGGAGGAAAUCUCACCAGUGACUGUUUCUAAAUCAAGUACCGACAAAGUGUCUGCAGCUGAACUUGAUGUAUGUGCAGAGAAGCCUCUGGAAUUGCAGUCUACCAGCGUGCCUUCUGAUGCAACUGAGACAGGUGACCCGACUGCAGAGGUAUCGGCAGAAAACAAUUCUUUGCAUGAUUCGUCAUCAGUCUCACACGGGCCUUCUCUUCCGUCUGAUAUCUUGCCUAAGCCUGAAAAAGACACAGCUGCCAGCGUUUCCCCCAGUCCAAAAGUAGUGAAAACUACACUGGCAUCAGAGGUUGCCGGCUUUUGUACGGACAUUCUUCCUGCAGAAGGUGAUUCCCCUGCAGAGAUGUUAAGGGAAAAGCAAGGGUCUGAGGUGGCAGUCUCUGAGUUGAAUCUAUCUAAUACAGAGAUGAGCAAAGAUGGAGUAGAACCUGCGUUGUCCUUGGGAGAUAAGUCUGACCAGUCAGCAGGUGAGCACAACUCAGAACUGAUGUCUUCAGAGACACUUCAGUCUGCUGAACGAGAGGUGAAACGGGAUUUAUAUGGUACAAAAUUGACACCCAGUUCUGAUGCUGCAGAGGUGAUUGAGGUGACUGAGAACAGAGCACCCAAUGUCAGUCCAAAACCGUUAGUUCAGGAGGAAACUGGUGAUGACAAACCUCCUGAAACGGAGGAUAAAGCUCCAGUCAAACCAGACUGGAGGACUCUGCCUCGCCGUCGCCGCCGAGGACGGCCGAAGAGACUCCUGAGAAUCCUGAGAAAGUCAAAGACAACCUCAAAUCAACAGACGGCACAGACCACCUCAAACCAACUGACAUCAAAGACGACCUCAAAACAACAAAUGUCACCUAGUAUUAGUCCAACCACCGUCGUUCCAACAGAAACGGACAAUGUUGAAAAUAAGGAAGAGGUACAGGAACUACCCUCUUUAGAAAAUGACCAUUCGAGUUUGUCAACGCAGAACAAGGAAGUUUUGCCUUGUGUGGAUGAGGUGGUUUCAUUGAUUAAAAAGUCUGUGCCCUUUGAAAGUUGGGAGCACAAUUAUUCUCAGACGUCCGAAACCUCCACGGAAAUAUCUUCUGCUGGCAAAGGGAAGGAGGGAAAGACUCUUCGCAAACGCAACAGGAAGGAACAUCCGAAGCUGGCCUCACCAGACUGUACAUCAAAGCAGGGUGUGGACGAGCCCUCCGUGGAGAUUAUCAUCGCGUCCAAACAAGUCCACCGCCUUAAAAGAAAAUUAGUCCUGGGCAGUUUGAACCAUGACCUGAGGACUGUCAUCACCGAUUGUGGGAGUGUGUUUGUCCCCCAUGGCUCUGAAGUGCUCCCCCAGGAUGUGGAGUUGGUGAGGAAGAGGCAUAAAUCGGGUAACUAUGGGAAGGGAUUGAACAGAACAGGGCCUCAUGGAGGGUCACCAGAGUCUCCAAAAGAUCCCCUUUGUGGUGAGGGUAAACCUAAAGAGUGCCUUACACUGAAGGACACAACAGAUCUCCGUUGUGCGAUGAAUGUAUCGGGCUUUCAAGUUGCUCAAAUAGGUAACAAUCCCGCUGGGCACAGGGGGGAGUUGGAUAUAUUUCCCGCGUUCGUGUUAGAGUUGGAUAGUAACCACCCGACUUCGGUAACUGUCGCAGAACAAGAGAAUCUGAUGGAGGAAACUGAUGGAAGUGUUGCACUUUUGAGUUCUGGAAAGGAGUCGUCCGCCAAUAUGGGUGCAGAUGACCCGCAGGCAACAAAAGCGGACGCGGCCAGAACCGCGGAGUCCACAGGGCUUCACAAACCCAAGAGGAAGAAAAGCUCGACGUACACAGUAAUUCCCAUCAGUGAGCUAAAAACAGUGUUCAGGGCAGGGAAAAGGAGUAGCUCUUCCGGUCCAGAGAGUCCGAAAGGACUUGAUCUCAGUUGCCCUAAACCUGACUCCAAGAGACUGAAGAGUAGUGGCGAAGGCAACAUCACUGAUGGGUGCAGUGAGGAAUCUAGCCCUGCCUCGGUAGCAGGUGGUGACCAGGGCAAGGAAUCAUUGUCUAAUGAUGUAGUGCCUUCGUCUGAAAUGGCAUCGACAAGUACAAAGAAAUAUAGCAAGCUGUUAAAGAAAUGGCAGAAAAUUAAUUCCAAAGACAUCUUUAGAGAUCAAGGUGCACCCUCGAACCCUUCCGCCCCCUCGGAUCUCCUCGACAUCACGUGUCCAGAAGAGCUGCAAGGAGCGGAGGACGGCAUACUGGUACAGAUCCAGCUCGAGUCCGCCAACGAGCCCUGGGGCAAGAAGAAGACCGCCAGAAGAGGGAGGGCGGACGAUGCUGCAGGGCCGUCCUCCUGCAAGAAACCGUGCGCGUCCGGUUUCCGAAAGCAGAGGGAUAUCGUUCAGAAGGGCGAAUCGAUUGAAAUUUCAAGGCAGUGGGAGGAGACGUAUGACUUCAGUCUGGACAGCAAGUUCCGGAAAAACGCUCGCGACGAGACAGUUUUGAGAGCAUUGCAUGGCCCUUGGGAUUUCAAGAUCAAGGACUCGGACGAAGAGAUUCACCUCAUCUUCCACAUGUGGAUAGGCCUCUUCUACAGCAAGUCCGCACCUCGUUUCUUUCACCUGGACUCGGACUUCUCUCCACCCGAGGAGGGCGUCGGCGUCGGAGGGUCAAAGUCUCCCCGGGACGUCCAUUUACAACUCGCCGCCGCAGAGUUUUCAAAAGCCAGCGCAACGAGCACCCCUAGAGGAACGACUAACCCGAUAGGAACCACCAGCAUGUUCAUGAAGGCCUUACCUCCGCGCAUGCCGCCAUUUGAAUCCUUCGUGCUGCCGGCAGAAGAUGUGUGCCCGAAGGCCUCCGGUUCACAGCCACAGCCUUGGCCUGAGAGCCCGUCGUGUGAGGUGUUGGACCUCUCUCUGAAAAGCUGCAAGGCUCUGGACCUGACAUGUACCCCAUCAAGCACCCCAGGAGUGGAGUCCGCCAGUGGUGAGGGUGGCAGCGGGCAGUCAGGCGAGGUCUACUGUGACGGGCCCUUGGAUUUGCGAAUUGAACCUGUCUGCGCCAGGGCACAACCUCAGUUGAAAGUUGGUGAAGAGACCUGCGAUACUGUUGGAACUACGGAUGAGAGCAAAAACACUACGACUGAUACAAUCUGUACAAACAUUGACACUUCCUGUCCAAGUGACCUUUCUGAAAAGACAAAAGUGGACUUUUUUGAUCGUCUCCGCGAGGAUCAGAACCCUGUUGUCACACAGGAUGGAGAGAUUAAGUACAGAUUCUUUAUCCUGGCGACGUCUGAAGAUCCCUUUUUCAGAGAAACAAAG